UUUUGAGGUUAUUUUUGUGGAUAAAAUUUUAAUUAAACAAUAUAAAAUAAUGAAAUUGAAUUGUAAUUUAUCAAAUUAAUAAAGUUUAUCCGGUGUUUACAUCGACAUUGAUAAAUCACUGCAAAUAAAUAUUAUUAUUAAGCUAAGUAUGGCGAAUACUAUAUUGAAAAGGCUAUGGCGACCGUCUCAAGUUUUAUUCCUGCCAUCGCGCACGACCACAACAAAACAUUACAAUCCAAAAUACAGAACACACAGAGCCAAGAAAUAUCUCAAGAUUGACUUGCCUGAUAUGAACGAAGAUGAAAGCGAAUUUACUCAGGAGAAAAUGAGGCAGAAGAUGAAAGAAAAGGGAAUCUUACCACCCCGGCCAUGGAUGGAACGACCAUUUUAUAUUAGUGCUACAGGUGGAAUUUUUGAAGCAUACGUCCCUCCAGAGGGUGAUGGAAAAGCAUCUUUAGUUUCGCCAGCGCGGGCCAAGCAAACUGUGCAACUGCUAGAAAAGAAGUCCAAGUCAAUGUUGGCAAUACGCAAGGUCAAAACAUUUGAUGAGGACUUUGACAGCAAGGAGUUUUGUAUACAAGCGCAAAACAUCUACAUCAAGGCACAUGAAUGUUUAGUUAGUGGUGACCGUCGCGAGCUGCGGCAGUAUGUAACAGAGAAGGCGUACCCCGAGUUCCGGCACAACACGCGACACAAGACAAUCCGCUGGCGUUUCCUAGAGUCGCUGGAGCCGCCGCGUGUGGUGCAUGCUCGCUGCACUGACGUCGUCAGCAAACAGAAUAUAUUUGGACAGAUCACAGUCCGCUUCCACAGUCGGCAGCAGCUGGCCGUGUACGACCGCUUCGGGCGCCUGUUGCACGGCAGCGAGAUCCUCGCCAAGGACGUGCUGGAGUACGUGGUGUUCGAGAAGCACCUCUCCAACAUGUACGGCGCGUGGCGCGUGCACGACAAGAUCAUACCCGACUGGGCGCCGCCCAAGGACCCCUCCAGGCUUACCAGGUUAAAGCCAGACCCCGAGCCGGUUCCCGUUGUAGAAGAGAAGAAAGAACAACCCGCCAUAGCUGAUAAAUAAUGUUAUUGUAGUGUUUAGUUGAUAAGAUAGUUGGUCAAUAAUAUAAUAUUUAACAAAA